AUGUCAACUGAGGAUUCAAUGAAUUUAGUUAUUCAAUCUUAUAAAGCUCAUCAUAUAUCCAGUGAUUCUUAUGAAAAUGAGACUGAAAAUGAAACUGAAAAUGACAACCAAAUUAACAAACAUACAAGCAAAGGUACCAACAGCAUUAUAAACACUAAUACUGACACCAAAAGCAGUCAUCGCCAUCUUACCAAUGACAAUAUAUGUUGUGAUAAUAAUGCUGCGAACCACGAUGGUAAUCACAGUGAUAGUUCUAACAAUGAAAAUCAUAAUGAUACAGGUACCAGUGAUAACUUUUUUCAUUUUGAUGAUGAAAACAAGAUAAAAAUGUCUAAGAAAUUGGAUGUUGUUUUGAAUUUAAGAAUUGGAAUAAUCCACGCUACAUGGAAUAGAACCAUUAUCGAUUUAAUCGUCAAUGGAACUAUUAAGAAGUUGAUUGGUUUGGGCAUCCUGGAGAGAAAUAUAAUAAUCCAGAGUGUUCCAGCCUAUAUUGAAUUGCCUGUUGGCACAAAAAUAUUUGUGAGCAACCAAAAGAGGAUUCACAAAGAUUUAGAUAUUGUUAUACCAAUUGGGGUUUUAUUAAUUAAAGGAGAUUCGAUGCAGGUGGACUAUUCUGAAUUGGUCACGAAGGAGUUAACCAUUGUCCAGCGAUUAAUCGAUGUUCCCAUCAUCUUUGGGCUUUUGACUCUCACCAAUGAGCAAUACCAAAACGACAACAAUGACAGCAAUAUAGACCCCAGCGCUCUUUCCUACUACGAAGAAUGGGGUGCAGCUGCUGCUGAAAUGGGCGUGAAAGUGGCUCUUGAAAGAUUCUACAUUAAUCUUACUGCUAACAAUGAUACUACACAGCUUCCUUCGCCAGAAUCACUAUCUGAUUCAUCGCUUUAA